AGUGUUAUUGACGAACCCCCAGCUGUAGAACAAUAAAACAGUUUUGAUUCACUUUGGCGGUCAUUUCCAACUUGAUCAUAGUCUAAUAGAUAUAGGUCUAUGCGCGGCUGCUCCGUUGCCAUGGUGGCGAACAUUUAAACAAGUGUUGAUACCUCAGCGUCAUCAGUCUGCGUGAACAAAAUCCUCAACUGAAAAACAAGACCGCAUUAAAGCUUCAGAUGUGUGAGGGACCUUCAUCCAUAUCUGGCCCUAUACCCCCUGACCCUUCUUUGUUUCCUCAGUACUACAAGCGACCUGCUUCAGCUCGUGGUCGCUUAGAGGGAAACCACAAUGGGACGUUGGACCUGCUCUCAGGGCCGCUUGCUCCAGAUCCAGUAUUGUACCCUGGCUGCUACAGUGCUCGUACCCCAGCACAUCCUCCCCGUAUUGGCCCCAGUGCUGCCCAUAUCCUGGAAAGAGGACAGAGAGGGGUAGUGGGGGAACUACUCAAACUAGACGGUAUUGCUAUCACCCCUGUUAUCAAACAGAAGCAGCGAAGUCACGAUUUUGGUAAAGAGAAUGUACGCCGGCUCAGAGAGAUCCAGAGACGCUGCAAGGAGCAGGAGGCUGAGAGAGCUCAGUCUCGUCCAGUUCCUGUCAAAGCUCUGUGGACCUCCUCCAAAUACCAAAAUGUUUCAUCAAAGGUGACGGCACAGCUUCAAGUGUCUAGUUCAACCCCAAAACCAGAGUGUCAAAACUUCCUGAAGGCCCACUCUAAGGGAGGAUCUGCUGCCAUUCCAAGACCUCAGUCCACAACCUCUCUUGUAGCUCUGAAACGCCCAGCAUCCUGCAACUCUGUAGAGAGCCUGCAAGUGCAAGGCCAGCCAAUAGACUUCAUAAAAUAUAAUGCAAGAGCUGCAGGGAAAACUACUCUGCGCCGGUCCCAAUCACUGACAAACCUCAAAAACAAGCCAAUCCCCACUGCAGUAAAGGGUCAGGUGCCUCAAUAUCUUGAGGAAAGGAAGGAGCAGUGGCAAAGAGAGGAGGAGGAAAGGAGAAGAAAUGCACCUGAUCCUUCAGCUCCAGCUGGUCACACACUGAUGCCUGAAAAUGAGAGACAGGAGACGCUGAAGUCCCUCAAAGACACCCAUCGCUCCCUUGUCACCGAGUUGCUGUCACUCCCUCUCAAAGCAGACAAUCUGAGUGUUCGGACACGUCGGGCUCAAUUUGAUUGCAGGCUUUCAGAAAUCGAGGAAGCCAUUAAAAUAUUCUCCAGGGACAAAGUUUAUGUUAAAAUAGAUUCCUAACACGGAGGGAAUGAGGAGAUGGACCUGUACAUGCACUGCUUUGUUGAGAUAAUUUCAGAUUUGGUUGAAUUAUGUAACAUGAGGCUGACCCUUGAAUUAAAUUGAUGUCUGUGUCAUUAUAUAUAAUUUGUCUACAGUAUUUGUUGUGCUUUGAACAUUUUUUUAAAUUAACUUAUUGGAUUUUACAAUGUCUAGUUAAUGAUCAUGUUACCUCUAGCACCUUAUAUGCUACUGAAUAACAGAUGCACUGUUGUCUUCUUCUGAUCCAUAGAAGCGUUAUCUGAUUAGCUUGUUCAUUGUGUAAA